AUAUCUGUGCCUCACAGUUCUUUUAUCGUCGUCGCUCGUUAUCGUAGAUUGUUUGUUUAUCUCAAUUUACUUAUAUCUACAGGCAGUGAAGUUAAUCGAUGAAACUAUUAAAAAAAGUAAUCAUUGCACCUUGAUUAAAAAGAACAACAUCUUGCUGUCAGUUUACUUGUUUGUCGUUCCGACAAAAGAAACAAUUCGUUAUCAAUUUUAAUAUCCCAAAGCAGCUGUGAAAGUUGAGUGAUAGAAAAGUGUGAUUUUCGUAAAUAGAGAUGGCACCCAAUAUCUCGAGCAAAAAUUCUGAAAUACACGCGGAGAAAGAUUUUCAAAAAGAGGAAUUUUUAAUCAUCACGAAGAGGACGGAUAAUGAAAAUAAUAUACAAAAUCGAAACGCGACACAUAUAAAAUUCGAAGGAUUAUUUAAGUUCAAUACGAAGUUGAAGUGGUUGAAUGUCAUAUCCAUUAUUUUUCUUCAUAUGAGCAUGAUUUAUGCCUGUUUCACUUUUAAAUGGUCCGAAGAUCUCAGGACUAACAUUUGGAUGCUCGUCAUGUGUAUAAUACCAGCGAUCGGUGUUACUGCUGGUGCUCAUCGUCUUUGGACUCAUCAAGCUUAUAAAGCAAAAUGGCCACUCAGAAUUAUACUUUUCAUCUAUUUAGCUGCGGCUGGUCAGAAUAAUCUUUAUGACUGGGUGCGAGAUCAUAGGGUGCAUCAUAAAUACACGGACACAGACGCGGAUCCACAUAAUAGCAACAGAGUUUUUUUCUCCCAUGUCGGUUGGUUGAUGAUGAAGAAACAUCCAGAUGUCAUUCAAAAAGGUCGUCAAAUCGAUAUGAGCGAUAUAUUAGCCGAUCCUAUCACCGCGUUUGGUUGCAAAUAUUUCUCGAUAUUUCAAUUCGUCUUUGCCUUUUUGCUACCGGUAAUAGUGCCUGUUUAUGGAUGGAAUGAAACUUGGUCCAGAGUCUUUACGUCACAGAUUAUACGUUACGUUUUAAGUUUAAAUUGCACAUGGAGUGUUAACAGUGUGGCUCACAUCUGGGGUUCAAAGCCAUACGAUGCAUACAUAAAUCCGACAGAAAACAAAUUCGUCGCCUUUGUAGCGCUCGGUGAAGGCUGGCAUAAUUAUCAUCACGUGUUUCCGUGGGAUUACAAGACGGCCGAAUUAGGAAAUUACACGCUCAACAUGACCACGAUGUUCAUCGAUGCCUUCUCAAAAAUAGGCUGGGCGUAUGAUCUCAAACAACCUUCCAAAGAACUCUUAAGAACCGUCGUAAUGAAGAAAGCAGCAGAUUAUCCAAUGACGAACGAUGAUUAAGCUGAACAUUUAUUAUCAACAGAUUUAUUAUAUUUUUCCAGAAUUAAAAGAAUCAAUGAUUCUAUUAAA